GCCCGUUCCCACAGUGCUCCGCGGUAGCCGCUAUGGAGGCCGGGAGGACAGCUGUGCUCCGAGUGAAGCGGAAGCGCAGUGCGGAGCCUGCCGAGGCUCUUGUGCUCGCUUGUAAACGCCUGCGGAGCGGCGCAGUCGAUUCGGCUGCCCAGAAGUUGCCAGAGGAUGUGGAGAGAGCGGCGGAGAAUAAUGUCUUCCAAUUGGUGGCCACCGUGCGCUCCCAGGAAGAGCCAAUCCAACCGCUCCUGCGGGCUGCUCUGGACCCAUCCCGGGGCAGCCAGCAGCGUAUCCGCAGCGAUCUCCGUGCGUCUGCUCGGGAGAUCCGACAGGAGGGCCGCUACCGGGUGGUCUCCAGUCGCCGAUCCUUGGGGUCCACCUCGAGCUGCUUGGAGUCCGAGUACGCGUCGGGGAACCCAGAAGCCGCCGGAGACUCAGGCUUCCAGCUAUUCGACCUGGUCCACGAGGAGGGAGAACCAGAGACUGCCGCUGCGGACCCCUGCAAAACAUCUGACCCAGAUGUGAUCCUCUGCAAUUCUGUGGAGUUGAUCCGUGAGCGGUUAACUAUAUCUGAGGAUGGACCAGGAGUCAGGCACCAGGAGGAACAAAAGCACGACAACUAUGUGUAUGACAUUUACUACUUGGAGAUGGCCACUUCAGGGUGGAUUGAGAACAUCCUUUCUGUGCAGCCCUAUAGCCAAGAGUGGGAGCUGGUGAAUGAUGAUCAAGAAACAGAGGAUGUUUAUGACGAUGAAGAUGACGAGAACAGUGAGAACAACUGGCGCAAUGAGUACCCAGAAGAGGAGAGCAGUGAUGGAGAUGAAGCUUCCAGAGGCUCUGAUGAAUAUAACAGCCUCAGUGAGGAGGAAAGAGGCAGCAGCAGACAUCAGAUGUGGAAUAAAUACCCUUUGGAUGUACAGAAGGAGUUUGGCUACGAGAACCCCCAUGACUUGGAUUCGGACUGAUGGUCUUGUGACAUCCAUGAGCUUCUACCACAGGCCCUGUGACAACAAUAUUAUCUGCUGUGGUAACUUCCUCUUAGGUUUCCUAGCCUAACACGGGGAAGGAAAAAGUCUAUCCAACAGUACCAUCCCACCACAGUGGAAACUUAUGCUAAGGGAGUAAGUCUCUUCUACUAAUAGUAGGGCACCCUUGCCUCAAUCAAAAGUGACCUACAGUCUGGGGGGCAAAAAAAAAGAAUGUAAAAAUGAAGGUUCCUUUAGUUUCCUGGCACAGGCAUUACUCCUGGCAUUCCAGCUGUCCUAUGCUGAACUCACAAGGGAAGGAGAGGCUCCUGUUUCAUCAGCAAUCAGGUUCUGCUUUCCCACACCACUAGGCUGCCUGCCUCCAGUAAAAGCCUGUUCUUUUUAAUAGAGGGAAUCUAAAAGGACUACAGUGGGUGCCUUAUACAGCACAGCAGAUAGUAAUGGCCAUUAGGGCAAGAAGUAGAAUCUCUGUGAGCUGUGGGAGAUUUCAGGUAACAGUUGUCUCUGCCUCCCUGCUGCUAGACUCUGACAUGGUUAUAAAGAGUGAAGUCUUUCUUUGGCAGUGGUGCCAAUGAACAGAAUAUGUAUGAAUGUUGAUACAUUGUGUUUAGUAAAAACCAGCUUUGACCAUGCAAACAAGUGAUCCCUUUAAAACUUUUUAAAUCUGAAUAUCUAAGGUGUUUUCCCAUUGUACUUACACAAAAAGGGGGAGGGGUGGUGAGACAGAAGUUUCAAAAUUGAUCACAGACACUAAGGACUCAAGGCAAGUGAGGAAAAAGAAAGCACACUCUGAAUGUGGCUUUCCAUGGAGAAAUGUUUAGUAUUCGUAGCACUCACCCAAAACAAACUGUUAUCAAUAAGACCAAUUUUGUUACCAGAACUUGUAUCUCCCACGAGCAAACUCUCUGUCCCUAUUCCUCCCCAAACCACAGCUGCCUUUGUUCUGACCGGGUUGGUGUUUAUUCUUCUAGCAUAACAUUGUCCACUAGAAUUUUCUGUGGUGAUGAGUAUGUUCUGUGUCUGCACCAUGCAGUAGUGCUACUAGCCACAUAUGGUUGUCAAACACCUGCAAUAUGAUUAGUGCAAUUCAGGAACUGAGUCUUUAAUUUAUAUUUCACUUUAAUUUAAUUAGUUGCGUGUGGCUAGUAGCUGCUGUACUGCACAGGACAGGUCUAGGGAAACAACACACAGAAUAUUCGAUUCAAGGGGUAUCCUCUUGCCCUCUGACAGUUUGACUCACUAUCCUGUGUGAAAGUGAAUUACACAGGGACAUGGGUUCUUCCCACCUCUUUUAAGAUUUCACAAUCAUCUCUCCUCCAUCCUACCUCCACCCAUUCUUUGACUUUAUGUCCAUUUUAUAAGCCUUUACAUUAGUUCCUAUCUACGUGGAGUUGUUAAACCUACUGAAGUGAUUAAAUUCUGUGUGCUCAGGCCCUACUCUUGUAGCUAAUUAAACCAUCAAAUCGACUAUUAGUUUUUCCAUUCUAAGUAUCCACAAACUCGGUGUUGUAAUUAAGAGGCAGCAAUUUCCGUGUCUAAUACUAGUCAUCUUAGUUUCCUUCUAUAGGCAUAGAAAUGAAGGAUUAAAAACCACUCUGUGCCAUUAUCAUGUGCUCACUACUGUUUAUGUACUCAUUAAAGUUUCGCCAACAUUAAAGGGCUGACAACGUCACACACUGUACCCACUUUAGAGGGGAUUAGCACACCAGGAGAAGGACUUAUGGAGGGAAACAACAAAGAACUGGCAGAAAUUAAUUCCACCAUGAAGCCUGAGUGCUGUAGGGAGUCUCUGGCACUGUGCCCACAGAAGGGUUCCUGGGAGAAGUCUGGAUCCAGCACAGAGGGAAAAAUGCUUUCAUUAUCCAAAAAUGAGAAAGGGAUAACAUGGCUUGCUAAGCAAGUACUGGGGUACCUGGAGUGUGAGGCCAUUUCUUCCCUUAGGAGCCACUGGGGGGCAGCAAAUUCCUGGGAUUAGCUGGUUAUUGGGUGGAGAAAUCUAAAGCCAGAGUCAGGGGUCCUGAAGAUAAGCACACGUUGCUUCAAGGAUUAGCUCCAGAGGAGCCCUGGGAUAGGUGCCAGCUUGGCUCAGAUAGGAAUCAUGUUUUUAUAGUUUAGGUAAGUCAGCCUUGCACAAGACUCCCUGUCGUCAGGCAAGAAAUUGCUAUACAAAUCCUCAACCCAUGACAGUAGGAACGUCCUCCCAUGUUGUCACAGAUGCAAGCCCUGAACCCAAGUUAACAGUGAUCAUGCUCCCUUCAAUCUUCUUUAUUGAGCAGGUGUAUUCAAGGUUACUCCUUUGUCUGCGACUGGGCAAGUUUGGUGGAGAAGAAUGGUCAGAAAGGAAGACUGCCUCAUAGUUCUUGACUUUACUGUUGACCAUUUCCAAAACAUAAGGAUCAGAGGCCCGUGAGGUGUGCCAAGUCAGCUGGUUCUUCUGGGCCCAGGAUGACAGUGGGGGUAUCACAAAACAGUUGUACAAGCCAAUGCAGCUGCCCUGCCCAUGCAGGAAGAUCCAUUAGGCCAGACCUACUGCUCUGGCCUGACCAGGGUGCCAAAGCCCAGCCUGAGCACCGGAAUUGGUUGCUUCCGUUCAUGCAGUCUGCUGAGGAGCCAGAUUGAGGUUGAAGUGGCUUUUCUCCCAGUCUUCACAGAUCUCCACAGGGAGAAAAUAGAAGUCCCCACAAGUACCAAGCUCUUCCUGAGACUGAAGCCCACCAGACCUCAGGAGCACAGCGAGGUCGGCAGGAGAAGAGUGCAUUAUUCCGAUGACCCACACCAAGGCAGCUCCAAAUGUAAACAAAGCCUUGUGCCAGAGACAGAAGAGGAGGAUGCAGCCUGAUGUGAGGUUUUCAAAAAAAGACAAUGACCUCUUAUAUAGCACCAGGGUAGGCUUGCUUGGGUCUGCACAGCAGUCCCUCACACUGGCCCUUACAGAGAGAAACAAGUUAUUUGAUGAUUUGGGCCCAUGAAAUGUUCUCCAAGCCACUGACAGCUGAAAGAAUUCAGGCGGUCCACCUGAAUUGCAGAGCAGUUUUGGCCCUCUUGAAGUUCAUGCCAGAAACCCAGAGAUUUACUUUCUAUCAACUAGAACAAAGACCCAUGGUCUCAAUUAAAAUAAAGGAUUAUCCUUCACAUUGUUA